GAUAGGAUAACGGAGAUGUUGCAAUAAAAUAUGUGAUUAACAGAAGAUCAAGACCACCAGUACACUAUUCAAUAAUGAUUACACGUCCAAUAGAAAGGUUUGGUUGCUACCCUAAGGUGCGAACAGAGCAGAACACGCGCGUAACUAAUAUCGUUUGUACGCUGCGGUGCACUUGACGCACGGCCCAACCGAGCACUGGGACCUGCCACCAGUCAUGAAUGUUGGUUCAAACAACAAACUUCAUAAACAUAUUUGACUGAAAAUAAUAAACGGAUAACACCAAUAAUGUUUUCGAUCAAAUGGCGGAUUAUGUUAGCGUUUACAAUACUGCUACAUCACGGCGUUACGGGUUCUUGGCUCCAGUGGCAAAAAUAUAGGAACAAUAUCUUAUUGAGGCUUGCAUCCCUAAGGGCACUCAAAGGUGAAGACAUAGACAAGACCAUAACAGUUGAGGAUAUAGAGAAGCACCCGGUGUGGGUGAAGCUGGAUGCAGUGGAUUGUGGAGACAGCGCCGCUGACCGCAUCAUCGGAGGAGUCAGCGCGGGCCUGGGGCAGUUCCCUUGGAUCGCAAGACUUGGUUAUCUUGAGGAUGAUGAGAUGGACUGGAUGUGUGGCGGAGCCCUAGUGACUGACCGCCACGUGGUCACAGCCGCGCACUGCGUACAGAAGUCAGAAUAUGGCCCCGUAUUGACGACAAUCCGCGUAGGGGAGCACGACACGCGAACGGAUCCUGACUGCGAGCUGACAGUUUGCGCCCCCGCAGUGCAGGACCGAGCCAUAAAGAACAUCACCAGCCACCCCCUGUUCAACAAGCCCGCCUUCCAUAAUGACAUGGCUAUCAUCAAGUUGGAGAAGCCUGUGACCCUGAAUGACUAUGUGACACCUAUCUGCCUGCCACGCACUCCUGAGCAAUUAGCUAACCUUCGCGUUGGUGACCUGAUGACAGUUGCCGGUUGGGGGAAGACCAACAUGACUACAGAGGAACGGGCUAAAGUGCUGCAGUAUGUUGGAAUACCAAUUGUGCCGCCGGCAAUGUGCGAUUCCUUCGGCAAAGGGUUCAAACUAACAGAGGCAGAGAUCUGCGCGGGAGCAGAUUUUAAUAAGGACGCGUGUGGAGGCGAUUCAGGAGGCCCACUCAUGAAGGUUUUUGACACACCUGAUGGUCCUAAAAACUACUUAGUUGGAGUAGUGUCCUUCGGCCCAACAAUCUGUGGCAUCAAAAAGCCGGGUGUCUACUCAUCCGUGUCACACUUCCUUAAAUGGAUCCUAGAUAAUUUAGACUGAUUCUAACGUUCUAUAGUGAUAUUACUUAUACUUAUUCGUAGUCGUUCUAUUUAUGUUAUUAAGUAAAUAAUUUGUACAAAAAAAGUUUCAUGUCAUUGGUAAUUUAUUUUUGAAAAAUAUUGAAUAAAUACUUAAUUUGUAAUGUGAA